AAACAUGGAGCCUCCAAACACUGAACAGAAAGAACAAUGGCUUUCCAAACAUUUGAUGCAUAAUUUGCGGAAGAUUAAUUUACAUCGUAUUAUUUUGAAUAGCUAAAGCGCGGCUUGAACAGAUAAUAUCAUAUCUGGAGUCCGACUUGAAUCAACUGGGAAUUGGUGUAGGCACGACGCUCUCUGUAUUUUCUUUUAGAACCAUGGAAUCCUUUUAUAGACAAUUUAUUGACAUCUUUUCUACUCUUCCUGAAGGUUACUUGCCUAAAUGGCUCUUGUUUACAUCUGCUCUUGGUAUCUUCAACUCUAUUCAGAACUUUUGUACUGAUACGCUCACGAAGCGCGUUUAUGCGAAUAAACCUCAUGAAGUCACACCACUCAGUGGUCGUCUCUUUGCUACCUGGACAUGGUCUGUCAGUAUGAUUCGCAUCUAUGCCGCUUUUCAUCUUGAACAUAGAUUCAUGUACAAUCUCGCCAUUUGGACAUAUGUCAUUGCCUUAACUCAUUACGCUGGUGAGUUACUCGUAUUUAAGGGCUGCAAACUGAAUGGUCCUUUCAUGUCACCCUUAUUUGUUGCAGUUUCAUCGCUUUUUUAUUUGAUUCAAGUCAAGGAAGAAUACAUCAAGUUUGACUAGAAUGAAAUAAAAAGUUUACUGUAGCAAGUCCAUUGAGUAUGGAUUACUCGACUGUGAAGACACGAUACGAGGCGCACCUGUAGCAGCAUUAUAACUCCAAUCGUUUAGUUGUGCUUGAGGUGGAACGGGAGAAGGUUGAUAGGGUUCUUGUUGAACCAUUGUCCAUGACUGUUGUUGCUGUUGUUGCUGUU